CAGAUUUGAUGAUUUUUAUUCCCUUUGCUAUCAACACGAAGCAAAUCGGAUAUUACAUGUAAAUUGGUGAACUGCGCCAUGUCUUUCAUCAGCGGGAUUAAACCAUAGCAGUCGGUUUAACCAUCUAUAGCGGAAUUCAUACAAUAUGGCUCUUAGCAGAGAGUGGCUUACGAGUGGCGUGUCUUGUGUACACGGAAUUUGGUACCUUGAGAGUAAUCUGAAAUGCGACCACAGACCAGUUAAAGGGAUUAGUGUUGUCAAUUCUGGUUUAGAAGAUUUCUCUGUGUGGUAUUCUACAUAUCAUGGAUAUGUCAGUCUGUGUGUAUGUGUGUCUGGAAUUCUAUUUAAUGUGUUCAACGUCACGGUUUUAACGCGCACACACAUGCACACUCCAGUAAACAACAUUCUAACGGGAUUGGCCAUCUCGGAUAUAAUCACAAUGUUAUCGUAUGUGCCUUUUGCCGUCCAUUUUUAUUGUGUUCAUCCGACGGAUGUCAGUACUCCAGAGAAGAACAGCAUUUAUUGGAUGACCUUUCUGUUGUUCCAUAUCAACUUGACAACGGUAACUCAUACAAUUUCUAUAUGGCUCUGUGUGUCGCUAUCCAUCAUCAGAUUCUUGCACAUUCGUUCUCCGACUCGUGCCCGAUCUAUACGUAUAGCCCGGAUAAAGCAGUCCAAGUAUAUAAUCGCCUCCAUAUACGUUUUGUCGGUACUAAUCAUGGUGCCAAACUUUUUAACCAACGAAUUGAAGCCUCUUGGAACUGGCGCGAACACUACUUCUACGUAUAACGCGACAUUCUAUGUGUUAAAAAGCCUUAAUCUUGGUACCCAGGAAACGCAGUUUCUUGUACUGGUGAAUGUUUUUGUGUACGCCAUUGUUGGUAAAUUGAUACCAUGUUGUCUUAUGGGAAUCUUUGGAACCAUGUUAGUUUACCAAAUGCAAAUGCAUGUGCAGAAACGGCGCCGUAUAAUCAUGACAUUUUCGGAAGCAAGUGGUAUGAAAUUUCGUGAACAUUCUCGCACAACGGUGAUGUUAAUUUCAGUAAUAAUAUUAUUCGUUGUUGCUGAAUUCCCUCAGGGUGUGUUAAUUAUGAUCAGCGCUUGUAAACGCAGAUUUUUCGAUACUGUAUACUUACCACUGGGAGAUAUAAUGGAUAUUGUGGCCUUGUUAAAUAAUGCUAUUAACUUUGUACUCUACUGUACCAUGAGUGCUAAGUUUCGAGAAACUUUCAUCAUGCUGUUUUGUUCUUUACCAAAAUGUUGGCAGAAAUGUUUAGGAGAACGAAGUAUUAUGUACAUGUGACUUUUGUGUUUAUUUCUCACUACGCUUCUUGGUGUCCGGUUCAUUUGUUUUAGUCCGGUUGCUUAUUACGAUUUAAACAGAAGCUGAAGCAGAAAUGUAAUGAAAUGGGGUUUAGCGUCCUACUUUUCUACACCAUCUGAAACAACGAGAGUGACAUUUACAUAUCACUGCUGGAUUCCCCAAAAUGACUGGCACAAUAUUAUAACAAUUUCGGCAUUAAACCCUAUGGUUUCCAGCUAUAACCCCAACAUAAGCCAGUUCCACUUCGUCUAGGACAACCCUAUGAUUUCCAGUUGUCACCCCAACAUAAACCAGUUCCACUACGUCUGGAACAAUCUUAAUGCUUCCAGCUGUCACCCCAGCACAAACCAGUUCGACGUCGUCUAGAACAACGCUAUGGUCUCAGCUGUAAUCCACACAUACACCAGUUCCACUGCGCCUAGAGCAACCCUAUGGUUUCCAGCUGUUACCUCAACACGAACCAGUUCCGCUGCGCCUAGAGCAACCCCAUGGUUUCCAGUUGUCACCCCAAGAUAAAGCAGUUCGACUUCAUCUGGGACAACUCUCUGGUUUCCAGCUGUUAACCCAACGAAAACCAGCUCGAUUACGUCUUAAACACCCAGUGAUUUCCAGCGACAAGAUGAUUUUGGUCACGAACUGUCGAUGUCGGAUACACACGAUCAAUUCCGGUCAUGAAUGGUUGAUUCCGGUGACACACAGCUGAUUCCGGCCAUACAUUAUUAUUAUUGUUAUAAUUGUACAUUUUCAUAGCGCACAGCUUCCACGACUAAAUGCCCACGUGCGCUUUACAAAUUAUGGUACAUAAAUUAAAUAUACAAAUAAAAUAAAUAAAUUAAAAUACAAAUAAGACGUAAACAUUGAAAAAAUUCUUAUCAAUUUCAAUAAACAUGCAAUAUUCAAGAGCUAAAACGGCCUGUUGCAGUUCUUUCGUUGUGACUUAAAUGGUAUAUAAAUUAUUAAUUAGACAUUUAUUAACAUGCCAAGGCCAUAAUCAACUCUGUAGGACAUUGGAUACUUUGAUUUUCAACCGAGAUAAAAACGAUUUGCAGUAAUUGAUUAAUUUAAAAAUGGAUCAUCUAGACUAUAUUUACUAUCGUUACAACGGUAGCAAUGACAAUCGAGGCUCUGCUAUUCACCACACAGGCCUAACCUAGCCCAGAAUGAAGUAAUUUGGCUGGUUUUCAACAUAUUUCCCCCUUCAUUAUCUAUUUUUAACUAUUAUAGCGAGAACAGUCAUCUCUUUAUCUAAUCUAUUUUUAACUAUUAUAGCGAGAACUGCCAUCUCUGAUCUUACGUAAUGCAUUUUUAAUGCAUAUACGGCUGAUUCCGGUCCUAAACGGCUGUCCCCGUCCUAAACGGUUGACCCAGAGCGUAAACGGCUGAUUCCGGUCCUAAACGGUUGAUUCCGGUUGACUCAAUGACUUAUGAUUCAGCGCGCACGUGUUAACCAUUCGGCCACCCAACCACUUAGGAUCUAAGAGCACAUAUGUAUAUAACGGGAUUUAUUUUCAAUUUUUAAAUGUUUUAAUGUAAUUACUAAUACUUUAAUGUCAAUUGAACGAUAGUUGUUAACACAUUUUGUUUGAGGAUCCGCUAUUUUCACGGUAAAAUAACAACUGAAAUUAUAAUUAUUCGAGUUUUUAAUUUCGAAUUUUACGGAAAUUAUUGAGUUAAAGGGUUAGCUUCUUUCAAACACGAUUCCAUCAGAUUUAAACUUAAAAUUUAUUCUACAAUUUAAAGAUACAUUAUUUAAGAUUUAGAUAAUGAGAUGACCCUUUUUUGCUUUAAUAGUUCAAAAAUAGAUAUUGCAAAAUGAAUAUAUUGAAAAUGUCAUUCAAUUUAAUUUUGUUCUGAGCAAAGUUAUGAGUGCUUGAGGUUUUAACAACAUAGUCUCGAUUGCCGAGUACCAUUGCUUCGAUAAUACCGUUUGAUUGUUAAAUUUUAAAUGGCGACAGGGUUCUAAUCCAUUGAAUAUCUAAACUAUCCGAUGAGCGUAGAUAAUUAAUUAUGGGCUUGGCAUAUGAAACAAUGUCUAAUUCAUAGUUUAUAUAACAUAUGAAGCUGCAGUAGGCCGAUUUAGCUCUUACAUAAUGCAUCUUUAAAGUGUAUUUAAAGGAAUUGCCUAAUGGGAUUAUUUUUGUUUAA